UGCUUCAUUAUUGAUCCGCGCAUAUGGAAUAUUUGUUUGUUUCUUCUAGCACAAUCUAGAAUUUCACUUGUAAAAAAUGAUAUAAGAAAAGUCGAGAGAAAGAUAUUCUUAACAGAAGACGAGAUUGAUGAUAAGGAAAAAACAGCUCAUCAGUUGCAAUGCGAUAUUAAUUCGUACAACAAUGCAACAGAAAGCCUGAAACUUCAACGUAUCAGACUUGAAAGCAAAUUGAAAACAGAUAGAAGGAUGUACGAAAAUUACCGUGCAAAAAUGAAGAAUUUUAAACACGGAGUUGAUAGGUUCUAUGAAGAUAGUGAAAUAGAGAAUGCAUUGAAAGAAGCUAAAAGUGGUCUAGAAACAACACUGUGCAAAAUUGAAUCAUUUGGUACAAAGGAGCAUCGAGAGCGAUUGACUAAUGGUCAGAUCCACAAAGAAAUGGAAACGAUUUUGAAAUCGCUAACCCAUCAAGAAGAAGGAAUAAAAGCCGAGCUAUCAUCUCUUGAUAAAAUGAUUCUUGAAGAAAAUGAAAAAAGAAUAAAAGUCAAGCAAGGAACUGAAAUGAUGCAGAAAAGAAAUGCUGCUCAAUUAACUCGCAUAAAACGCCAACUGCAAGAAGGGAGCACAAGAACAAGAACGCUGGAAGAAGAAAUUCUCAAAUUAGAGAACAGAAUCAACCAUAUGAAGUCCACCUUGAUUGGUUGAGAUCUAAAAUACACUUGAUUGCUCCACCGAACGACAAAAUUACGCAUCCUGACAGACAGAAGUGCCAUUUCUCCUUUUCAUAUGUAUUUUCAGUCAUGUUAGUGCAUAUAA